AUGGAACGAUUUCAAAUACAGGAAGCAUUUACUACAUUAAAACCACUUUGUGAUUCUUUAAUGAAAAAUCCAAGUGUAGAUAUUGCUUACAACAUUGCUAAUACUUUGACAAAGAUUUCUGACAAAGUUAUUCAGGAUUUACUUGAAUAUAUUUUGUUUCCCUUUAUUGUUCAUUUACAAAAUGAUACACUGAGUAAAAAUGUAAAAGAAGAAUUAGUAAAAACAACAGAGGCAAUACUAUCAAGAGCAAAGAUAUCAAAAAUGGAAUUAUUUAAUAAAUUAUAUUCAUGUCUUUUAAUACAAAUUUAUGAUAAUACACAACAAAGUAUGGUGAUCGAGGGACAUGAAGAACUUAAAGAAGCAGUACUAUCAUGUAUUAAAACUUUGUUACAUUCUUGUUUCACAGAAGUUAUAGAAGUUCUAUAUACUAGACAAAAUGCUUCUAAAAUAGGACAAGGAAUAUUAUUGUCAAUAACAAUGGGCAGAAUUGAAAAAUCACGUCCUCUUAGAUUAAAAGCUAUUGAAACAGUCAUGGCAUUAUGUCAAGUUGAUGAUAAAAUAGAUAGAAACGAUAUUACAUUGCAAGAUCAAGUUGCUGAUAUUAUCAUGUUAUUUUUACCUGGUAUUGUUAGUGGUUUGCAAGAAAUAGCCAUGGGAAACGAAAUACAUGUUUUAAAUUAUUAA